AUGGUUAGUGAGGCUACUAACCAGAAGAAAGAUGUCAAGAUUAGAAAUGAAAUAGUUGAUGAUGUCAAUAAAAUGGAAAAUGAUGCCAUUUUGGCCAGAUGGAUGGGUAGGAUUAUAUACCCAUAUGGUCAAGCAUCCCAAAUUGAAUCAUGUUCGCACCAGGAGUAA